AUGGCCUGGGGAAAGUCAAAGCCAAAGCCUCCCCCUUCGUUGCUUGGGCAACUGCUCCCUCUGGUCAUCCUCUUCGUCGUCGUGGCUGUCCUCGUCUUCGUGGGCUACCACGUCUAUCAGAGCGCCAACAAGAUGAGCGGGAGUGUGUCGGAGCGCAUGGGCAAGAAGAACGUCGUCUGGACCAAGGAUGGCGUAAAGGUCGGCCUUAAGCAUGUCGAGAACGAGAGGGAGGUCGAUGCCACCCAGCGCUGGGUCGUCAAUGCCUGGAACUUGUCGUCGGACAAGUCUGGCAAGAAGAACAAAUGA